AUGUUUUGGAAACUCACAGCUCUCUCUGCUUCUUCUCCCGUUGAGUCAGUGUUGGACAAGGAAAAUUUUACAUUGGAAGAGCUUCUGGAUGAAGAAGAGAUAAUCCAAGAAUGCAAAUCAUUAAAUAGUCGCCUCAUAAAUUUUUUGAGAGAUAAAGCUCAAGUUGAACAGUUGCUGCGCUACAUCGUUGAGGAGUGCCUAGAGGAUGCCGAUAGUAAACGAAUGUUCAAGUAUCCUUUCAUUGCUUGUGAAGUUUUUACUUGUGAGAUUGAUGUCAUCUUUAAGACUUUGGUGGAGGAAGAGGAGCUUAUGGAUUUACUGUUCUCUUUUUUGGAACCUAAUCGUCCCCAUAGUGCCCUCUUGGCAGGAUAUUUUAGUAAGGUCGUAAUAUGCCUAAUGUUGCGAAAAACUAUUCCACUUAUGAAUUAUGUGAAGGCCCAUCAAGAUGUUUUCAAGCUGCUGGUUGAUCUAAUUGGCAUUACAUCCAUCAUGGAGGUGUUGGUGCGACUUGUAGGUGCCGAUGACCAUCUAUACUCCAAUUCAAUGGACGUGAUACAAUGGUUGGCUGAUAGCAACUUACUGGAAAUGAUUGUGGAUAAAUUGGAUACAGCAAAUCCUCCUGAAGUACAUGCCAAUGCAGCAGAAACAUUAUGUGCCAUAACCCGAAAUGCUCCAUCACCUCUGGCUACCAAACUAUCCAGCCCAAGUUUUGUUGCAAGGAUAUUUGAUCGUGCACUUAAAGACUCACAUUCAAAAUCUGCCCUUGUCCACUCGUUGUCUGUGUGUAUUUCUUUGUUGGAUCCAAGAAGAUCAAUUUCUUCACCCGUAAUGUAUUCUUUAAAAAGCCAACACGCGUAUCAAUUGGCUAAUGCUGAUACUCUUGGUGCAAUGCUUCCCAAACUGGGGGACUUGCUGACACUGUUAAGAGUGUCAUCUGAUGAGAAGAUUCUACCUACAACUUAUGGUGAAUUACUGCCCCCUCUUGGGAAACACCGUUUAAAGGUUGUGGAGUUCUUUGCGGAGCUGCUGAAAACUGGCAAUGAGGUGGCUGAGAAAGAAUUGGUCAGUUCAGGGACAAUUCUGAGGGUCCUUGAUCUCUUUUUUGAGUAUCCAUACAAUAAUGCCUUACAUCAUCACGUGGAGAGUAUAAUAUAUUCAUGCUUAGAAAGCAAAAAUGAUUCCGUUGUUGAUCAUCUUUUUCAAGAGUGUAAAUUGGUUGGAAAAGUUCUUCAGACGGAUAAAAAUCCUAUUCUUUCUGCUGAACUCAACAAGCCAACUUUACCUGUUGCUGGAAGACAGGCACCCCGAGCAGGGUACUUUGGACAUCUGACUCGCAUAUCAAAUAAACUUGUUCAGUUGUGUAACAAUGACAAACGCAUACAGCAAUAUCUUCAGGAAAAUAAUGAAUGGAAUGAGUGGCAGACCACCAUCUUACAGGAGCGUAACAUGGUUGAAAAUGUAUACCGAUGGGCUUGUGGUCGGCCAACUGCAUUGCAAGACAGGACUAGGGAGAGUGACGAGGAUGAUGUCCAUGAUAGGGAUUAUGAUGUUGCAGCUCUGGCAAAUAAUUUAAGCCAAGGAUUCAGAUACAAUGCAUAUGAUAAUGAUGAUACAGAGGGUAACAGAUCUCUUGAGAGAGUUGAUGAGGAUUUUUACUUUGAUGAUGAAUCUGCAGAGGUAGUGAUUUCAUCCCUAAGGUUGGGUGAUGACCAGGGAAGAAGUCUGUUUACGAACUCCAACUGGUUCACUUUCCAAGAUGACAAAAUUGGUGAUGCACCUGGGGGCACUUCACUUCGUGAUAUGAUGGAUGAUAUCAAUUUGAACGGAACAUCAAAUGGUGGUAACAGCAGUAGUGACGAUGAGGUAGUGGUUGGAGAGGAUGAGGAAUUGACUGAGAGCAACACUUUUGCCAAUGGCUCGUCUGGCUCUAAGACAAACCCCUUCGAUGACUUCUAUGGAAACAACCCUGUAAAUGGGGGCGACUCGGUUCCCCAGAAUGAGAAGGCCAGUGCAUCUGGAGACCUUGGUUUCUUCCGUUUUGAGACAUCAGACAACGACGAUCUGUUUGGAGACAGGCCCAUUCCUGAAUGGGUCGCAUGGGGAGAGACAUCAGACUUUCAGGUUGGUGGAUCGAGUGUGAACCCAUUUGUUGACCAUAAUGACACCAAUGACAAUCCUGCUAAUUCAGUGGAGACGAGCGCUGUCCAAAUUAGUUCCACCACUUCAAUUGGAGGCUCUUUACCAAAUGGUACCUCCAGUUCUACAGAUUCCAGUGAUGGUUCAACUAAAUCUGAUUCAGGUCAAAAAAGCAUAGCUGCACCUUCCCUGUUUGAAGAGGACGUUGAAUUUGUGGGUGUAGAACUAGAGGGGACAGAGAAGGCAAUGGAGCAAGCUCUCAAGGAGGGGGUUGUUGGGGAAGCUGGGCCACUGAAGAGUAACCUAUCUCCAAAGACUCCUGAAAAGGAGGAUUCAGAAGAUGAUGGAGCAGGGAUGAAGGAAUUCAACGAUGCAAACUAUUGGAGAGUAGAUCAAGAAGUUGCAGUGUUGGAGUAUGGGGUCAGUAAUUUUUAA